AUGAGGUCUCCAACCGCCGUCGCUGGCUCCGCCGCAGAUUUUUCUGACGCUCUGCCCUCCCCGACCUCCCCUGCAGCGGUCCCAUGCCAUUCCAGCCCCGGCCGCCACUACUACCUCGCCGUCGACCGCACCCAGUUCAAGAUGAGGACACUCUUGGAGCUCCUGGGGGUUGUCGCGGAUCGCCGCGGUGGGCUGCCGAUUGCAACAUGUGUUUCCUCCCGUGAUGAGCUUGAUGCCGUCUAUGCUGCCGUCGCCAACCUCUCCUUUGUGUCAAUGUCACCGCUGUAUAGUGAUCAAGCUGAAGCAGAGCGUGCAUCUGUUCUUGAGAAGUUUCGUCAAGAAACAAUCCAGUGGAAUCAAACUACUAAAGCUACCAAUAUUGCUGAAAGUUCUAGGCUUGAAAGUACUGGCUCAAAACUAAGCAUUGUAGUCGCAACAGAUGCUUGCUUGCCUCAGGCAGCGAUGGCAGAGGCACCCCUUAUGGCACGGGUGCUGAUAAACUAUGAGCUUCCCACAAAGAAGGAAGCUUACUUAAGACGCAUGUCAACAUGUUUGGCAGCAGAUGGAAUUGUGAUUAACAUGGUCGUUGGUGGCGAGGUGGCUACACUCAAGGCUUUAGAAGAGAACAGUGGUCUGCUCAUUGCCGAGAUGCCAAUACAUGUUUCAGAGAUAUUAUGA